AUGGAUGCACAUCCAUGGCGGCAGAAAGCACAGGCCGACGCGGCUCUGGUAGAGGAGGAAAAGGGCGUGGCGGUACCGCAAGGCGGCGUCCUCGGCUGCGCCACGGCCACAAGCUUGGUCGCAUGUGUCGCCGCCGCCGCUGUCUUCCUCGUCCGCGCAGCCACCGCCGUCUUCUUCGUCCGCAUAGCCGCCGCCGUCUUCCUCUUCUGCGCCGCUGCCGCCAACUUCGUCGUUGCGCCUCCGUCGGUUGCUUCGUCGUCUCCUAUCCCUCAACAGCAAGUCGUGCCUCCCCAGCGCUUGCGCCUCCGUCGGCUGCUUCGCCGCCUCCUGCACCUCAACAGCAAGUUUAGUCUGUAUCCUAUUUUACUUGAAAUUACAUGUUUCAUGAAGGGUUACAUGAUUUGGACCAAACAUGGAGAUGGUCAUAGUUCCACGUCUUAUGAAAUUGGCGAACUAGCCAACACCGAUGUCGAGGGAUCUAAUAUGCAUGCCGAGGAACCCAAUAUGGCUAUUCAGGCAUGGUUGUCGAGAAACAACACCACUACCCAAACAAAUCCUGUUAUGAUAGACGUUGCUGAUGAUUUCUUUGGUGGCAAAGGUGAAGGUGAUUACCAUGUCGAUGAAAAUGAACAAGCAAAAUUCUUAACUAUUGCAAUGUUAUUCGAAGGCAUCAAUGUUCUUUGCGAAAGGUAUGGAGCUCUUGAAGAUGGCAGCGAAGGAGUCUAA